CCACUCCAUGCGCAAUAUGUCUUUGCCAGCUUAGCUUCGGACGGAACUUCCCCCACAUCCCAGUCCCUGUCUCUUUCCUCCGUUUUUUUCCUUUCUGUCUUAACACCAGAAUCCCACCGCAAAAACCCAAAGCCAAGGCCAUGUCAGACGACGAAGCAGUAGGAGAAGAGUACCUUUUUAAGAUAGUUAUAAUUGGAGACUCGGCAGUUGGCAAAUCCAACCUCCUUUCACGGUAUGCUCGAAACGAAUUCAACCCACAUUCCAAAGCCACCAUAGGGGUUGAGUUUCAGACCCAAAGCAUGGAGAUCGAUGGCAAAGAAGUUAAAGCUCAGAUUUGGGACACGGCUGGUCAAGAAAGGUUUCGUGCUGUCACUUCUGCUUAUUACAGAGGCGCUGUUGGUGCUCUUAUUGUUUAUGAUAUCAGCAGGAGAACGACCUUCGACAGUGUCAGUCGGUGGCUUGAUGAACUCAAGACUCAUUCUGAUACAACAGUAGCAAGGAUGUUGGUUGGCAACAAAUGCGACUUGGAAACUAUCAGAGAUGUGAGUGUUGAAGAAGGCAAAAGCCUCGCUGAAGCAGAAGGGUUGUUCUUCAUGGAGACAUCUGCUUUGGAUUCGACAAAUGUUAAGAAGGCUUUCGAGAUUGUUAUACGAGAGAUUUACAACAAUGUCAGCAGGAAGGUCCUGAACUCAGAUACUUACAAAGCUGAGUUAACUGUCAAUCGGGUAACCCUUACUAAAAGUGAAACUGAUGGAUCAAAGCAAACCCAAAAUUUUUCUUGCUGUUCAAGGUGAUCUCCUACAUUCAAAAAGUGUACAAGUUGAGGUCUUCCCACAGUUUGUUAAUUCAAUUUGGUUGGUUGAUUUGUUUGUUUGCUUGUUUUCUCAAUGGAUAUGUCUUCAGGGAUUCUUUUUUACUGAAUGAUAUCAUUAUUAUAUAGUUAAAUUAUUUUCUUCUGGUUAAAGAAAAUAAGACCUAAGAUUUUUCCGUU